AUGCGCCCUACUAAUUCCCCACCCGUCUCUCCAUUCCUCGCUCCAGACCGUCCUCAGAUCGACCAAGAUGCCUUCUCAUCUUCUCAGCCUCAAAUUGCUGAAGUUGAUCUACCUGACCCUGACAGUCCUAUGAAUGACUACCAGUCCUCACCCUUACCUUUAUACGUUCCGACAUCUACUGCACAUGUCAACUCCGACGGCGCCCAAGUCUUUGAAGACAGUGAUGACGCCGGUAGUAGCAGCGCCGACAAUAACCACGACAUGCUGGACAUCGAUAUCGAAGAAGGCGGUGCUCCCUUAAAUAAUAUUAACAUGGAAGAUCCAGAUGAACAAAGUCACGUUAUGGCACCUCUCGAAUAUGCGCUCAUUAACCAUCUCGGGAUCCCAAUCCAACCUUCGCCACCCAUCGAUACCGAUUUAGGUGCCAUACUACCCUCACAGACGUUGCUGCCACUCCCAGAGGUUCAAGACCCUGCCGAAGAUGAUAUCGACGCCGCCGCGAACACUGGUCUUCAUCCCAUGGCCCUUAGUAAUGCGAAUCCCAUGUCGCUCGGUCCUGAGAACCCGCACGUUAUGCAGUUUCUUGAACUCUGGGAGUGGCAGAGCAAUGCAGACAUGCAAUUACGAGCAAACGGACCCGUGCCGUCCUUCCAACAAAUCAGUCGUCUAGCCCGGGAAUGCCCGCGCCGAGUAGAUUAUAAGCAGUUGAGGGGUGACCUAUACGACUUCCAAGGCAUCAGCUGGAGGGAUUUAGGAGUAACGAGGAAUAUGGCGCGAUGUCGUCGUAUGGCAACGUUCCACAACUAUGUGAACAGAGCGAAUUCUGAUUCGUUUCAUACUGAUUCGUCCGACAGGCUACUACGCCCUGUCGAGAAUUAUUUUAGAUAUAAGAGCAUGGAUAUCAGGCGCGAUGUGCGCUUGUUGCAUUUUCAGCUUCGCAAUAUAUUAGGCGUUGCAUCGCGAACGAGGGUAUUCUAUCCGAGCUUUACUACGAUCAAGGAGCAUGACCCUACUACAGGACGAGACAAAGUAGCGAUGCGCUUCGACAGCCAAACGGGUGCUCAUAUAUCUACGCUAACCGCUAACGAGGACAUCCUGAUUGCUGGUGGUUUCUAUGGAACCUAUCGUUACCGUUACCUAAACUCCUCCAAAGACCUCGAGGCACACGAAGGGUUAUUAACCAAUCAUAAUAGCGGUAUAACCAAUCACGUACAAAUCCAUUCUUCUCGGCAUUCAUCCACUCCGUUGGCCGCCUUUGCUUCCAACGACUUUGGCUUCCGGGUAGUGGAUCUAUCUACGAAUAGUGUUAGGUCGGAAAUUAUGUAUGAGUCCGCGAUGAAUUGUUCUGCGCUAAGUCCAGAUAUGAGGCUUCGUGUCAUAGUUGGAGACGACCAAAACGUACUCAUUGCCGACGCGGAGACGGGUGAGAUACUCCAAAGCCUCGAAGGUCAUAGAGACUUUGGCUUCGCCUGCGACUGGGCACCGGAUGGUUGGACUGUCGCCACUGGAAACCAAGAUAGGAGUAUCAGAAUAUGGGAUGCCCGUAAAUGGAAGAAUAGCAAGGGCGAGAGUACUUCGGUUGCUGUGGUGCGAACCGAGAUGGCCGGCGCUCGUAGCUUACGGUUCUCCCCUCUCGGAUCUGGCAAGCGAAUUCUGGUCGCCGCCGAGGAAGCUGAUUUUGUCAAUUUGAUUGACGCCCAGACAUUCAAUACUAGGCAGACAGUCGACAUAUUUGGCGAACUCGGCGGCGUCGCUUUUGCUAAUGAGGGACAAGACUUAAUCGCGUUGUCAUGUGACCUUUCUCGAGGAGGCGUCAUGCGCUUGGAACGGUGCGAUGCUGGGGCGGAAGAUAACUUCAGUUACGCACAUAGGAAAUACAGGGAACCCGGGAGUUGGUGGCGAACUCCGGGAUACGACUGGAUGCAAAGCCCGGAACAGAUCGUAGCAACACCGGGCUCGCAGCAGACUCUUACGCAUAAACGGAGACAUGCGGCCAUGUUGGAAGACUGGACGUUCUGA